AGAAUUGCGUCAUGGUCGACGCGUUUGCUUUCGCGUUCGUGUCUCGCGCCGGUUACGCGCUCGGCGUGUUGUCCGCCGCGCCUCCGCUUAGGGAUCCACGCGCGCGCGUGUGUGUGACUCGCCUCGGAGGAGAAAGAAAGCGCGCGCGCGCGCGCGCGCGUGCGUUUACACGCGAGAGGAAAUUUCGUCUCUCGAGAACGAAAGGGACAACAGCCCUCGCUUCAACCGCUCGCGGUUGUCUGGCUGGAGUGGCUGGUCCUGGGCUGUCAUUCGGAUGCUCGUCGCCACCGUCGUUAUUUUUCGUCAUCGUCGUCGCCCGCCACCACCGUUGCUCGUCGCGCCACUCGGCACUCCUCGUCCGGCGUCGCGACGCCACCGUCGUUCUCCGCCGACGCCACGUUCUCUUAUGAACGCAGCGGCACGUUUUUCUCUCGUUAUAACCUAUAUAAUUAUAACCUCAGAUCCGUUGUGUCAAGACGCGAAGACUUCGCGACAAUCGGCCGGGCUCGGGUCGGCCGUGCCGCCGCGGAUCCCGCGCGGUCAUCGUUUGUCCCGCAACGACGACGACGGCGAUUCGGCUGGCGGUGGCGGGAGAGGGUGAUUUCAGUGAUCAAGUAGUUCAAAGAGCCAAAACAAAAUGGAUGUUACCGGCGAUUUAAAUCUACAAUGGGUGGGAGAUGUAGAGCUGCACGAGGAGGUGAUAUGCGGCCUAGAGGCGCAACUGGUCGCAUCGGAGGAGGAGGUAAUUGGCGCCUGCGAGGAGGUGACGGUCGAGGAGACUGUCGAGUCCGUUCCCGAUGUGGCGAGUCACGUUCCUACCACCGAGUCCGAGAUACUGAUGGUACCUCAGCCAAACGAUAUGGAAUCGAUUUACAUAGUGCCGCAGGAUCAGGGGCAUGACUAUCUAAAUAUACAAGUCACUGAGGAAGUGAUUGCUGACAACUGGGACAGACCUGGUCCAGAUGAUGGGGUCGAGAUUCCAGAAGCCAAGGUGGCUCACGACAAUCUCCUGGAGUACGACGAUAUGGAGAUCCCAUUACCGAUCGAUCAGGACUCUUAUCAAAAUGCCCGACCGUAUCCGUGCGACUUUUGCAGCCGUAGGUUCCGGAAGAAGGCAAAUCUGAUGAAUCACAUUGUAGCGCAUCAGACAGAUCGGCCGUAUGGUUGCAAUCUAUGUGGAUCUCGCUAUGUACGUAAGUGCGAUCUGAACAAUCAUCUGAAGGUCCACGCGUACGCGCCGUCGUCGCAGGAUGGCCUCGAAGACGAUCUGAACGACGAAGACUCGCUGGUUGCCGAGGAGGAGGACGUGACGACCGGUAACAAGGGCAGGCGCAAGAAGGUGCAGUCGAGCGUACCACGAAAACGGAAGAACAACGCCGCCAGUGUGCCAAAGCGCAACGUUGGUGAGAACAUCAAGCUGGAGAUGGGCAAGUAUGUGUUUAAGCCAGACGCACAUAAUGAUUACACGGACGUGCUAGCAUUCUACGAGGACGAGCUGACCGACGGUGAUUAUUCUGCACGCAGCGGCAAUUAUGCAUCUAGCUCGAGGUGGCAGAUGGAGGAGAUGUCAUCUGUCAUGGGCAGAGAGCAGCCACAACAGUGGCCCAUCACCGAUCCGACGAAGCCAUAUGUCUGCCAGUCUUGCGGCAUCGGUUUUGCUAGGGAAAAGGCGCUGGCUUCGCACGCACGUGUCCACGGUGGCGACAGUCCAUUCGAGUGUACCUCGUGUGGAGAUAUGUUCUGGGAUCUCAAUAGUCUGCGGGACCACGUGCAUAUUAAGCAUGGCGGCACUAUUCCCCAGCAAAUAUCCGACGCGGAGGAAUACGACAAUGACGCUACUUACACGGGCGACAGUGAGAGGAUUGGCGAAUUUUAUUGCAACACUUGUGCGGUACCGUUCCAUCGUUUGGAUCUACUCAAACGCCAUCAGAAAAUUCACAUAAAAUCGGAUAUGGAUACAAUGGAAGGUUCCAGUCAACAUCAUACGUGCAAUGUUUGUGGAGAAGAAUUUGAAGAAGCUCUAGCACUAUUAGCACACGCGGAACUUCAUGCUUCAAGAUCUCCUAGUCGUCGUUGUCUGCUGUGCGGGGCGAGAUGCCGCGACGAGACAGAAGUUGCGCAGCACGUCCGACAAAAUCACGCAGAGGAUGCGCCACCAAAUACAUGUACGAUGUGUGGAAAAACUUGCAAGGACAAGCGCAGUUUACUAAAACACUCAUGGAUACAUAAUGUUGACAAGACCUUCGGUUGUACAAAAUGCGGGAAGCGCUUCCACAGUAAAGCCCGAUUACGAAGACAUAUGGUAUCGCAUCGUAAUAAGAUGGUAGCUUGCGACGAAUGCGGCGAGGAGUUCCCCGAUGGACGAGCUCUCGUGAGCCACCGUCAUUCGCAUAAUAGGGAACUGGGCGGUCGUUCUUUCCCGUGCCGCGAGUGCGGAAAAAGUUUCGGCAGUCGCAGUUCACAGCAGAUCCACAUACGCAUCCACACGGGCGAAAGACCCUAUGGUUGUCGAUUCUGUUGGAAAGCUUUCGCAGACGGCGGCACCUUGAGAAAGCACGAACGCAUCCAUACCGGCGAGAAGCCGUACGGAUGUGCGAUUUGUCCUCGGGCAUUUAAUCAGCGAGUAGUUCUUCGGGAACAUGUACGCGCCCAUCAUUCAGGUCCUGAUCCAAAGUGCGUGGGCAGUGCAACGCCGUAUUUGUGCAAGGUGUGUGGCGAGUCGUACGGCACAUCCGAGGAGAUAGUGUUACAUAUAGUGCAGCAUUGCGAUGAUAACACUGCAUUGAGACGUCAACCGCAGUCCGGGCCGCGCAAAUAUAAGAAAAGACGCAAGAAUAAGCCACUUGAAACGAAUACAAUGGUUCGUAGGAACGAGUUUACGUAUGAUAUAAUGGAAGGUGGUAGUGGCAGUGUCAUUGGUAGUGGUACCGGCAGUGGUAUUAUCGGUGGCAAUAGUGGUGGCAGCGGCAGCGGUGGUGUCGGUAGCACUGGCGCUGGCACUGGCACUGGCGGUUCCGAUUCGGAAGACAACACAAAGCGGAAACUCGGUAAGAAGAACAAACAACGGUCGAAUGUUGAAGAAAACUACAUGCAGAACGUGUUGAAAACCAUGGAGAGUUCUCUGCAGAAUUUAAGUUCGAUCGUGAGUAACUCCAAGUUGAAUGCGUCCAAAUCGAAGGUUUCGAAGAAAAAAUUGCGCAAGGAGGAGAAGAAGAAGGAGGAGGCGCAAGCAUCGAAUCAAUCAGGCCGGCCAAAGAUGAUCCACACGCAGAAGACGCGGGUGCCGGUGGAGGUGGGCAGCGACGGUGCGAAGAAGGGCCAGAAGACGAAAACAAUGGUGACUCGGACGCCAAAAGUGAUGCCGAGCGAGCACAAGUCCGGCAUCUUCCCAGGUGGCGAGCGAAAUCGCCCGCGCACAAAGAAUGUCAGUUAUCACAUUGAAGGUAAAUCGCAAGUCACACCGGCGACGUUCUCAGCGAAAUCGAAGGAGGCUGAAGCAUCUACGAUGUCAGUGCAGCAACAACAAUUGUUGGCGAACAUCAAGCAAGAGCCGAGCGUGCAAAAGACUACCGGUGACAGUCACAGGAACAACAAUGGUAAUAUUCUAGCCCUCGGUAAAACUCAAGAGUCAUCAAAUAAGAAGAGAUCGACUGCGAAGAGAACCAAAAAGCAGAAACAUGUGACAGUGAAACAAGAAUUGAUUGCAUCGAUCGGAAUAGUCGCGGAAGAACAGCAGCAACAACAGCAGCAACAAUUACAAUUUCGAAAUAAUAACAAUAAUAAUACCGAUAUUAACACUAAUACCAUAGAGAGUAUGGACGAUCCAAUACGACUAAUGGAGCACGAAAUGGACGGCAACAAUUUGGAAGUAGCUUUCGAAGCGAGUGUUGUUACCGCUCAGGAUGAGGAGGGUGAAAGCAUAUUGCCGGACAACGCUAUGCAAGAGAUGAACAACAGAGACGUUAAGCUCAGUGUUAAGGUAGAGUCUGCGCCGCAGAGGAGGAUGCUUGCUAUACACAGCGUUAUCGCGCCGGUGGAUGAUGUCCCAGAAACAAUAAUACCGGACACGGUGGAGUAUACGUGCGAGAUGUGUGCCGCGGUGUUCUCCAGUCGUGCCGAGUUACUGGUGCACGUACCGAUACACAUUUGAUUUAAUAAUUUAUCCGAGCCGAAGUGCGGCGCGGAGGCUUGUUCUACUUCUUUAAAUGUACUUUUCGUUUAACGCGAAUCGCAGUUUAUCAUGAGGAUGAGGUUUGUUUUACAAGAAGCGACGAUUGUUGAAUCCUCCCCCCUCUGUCACCAUUGCUGUCUUCUCACUCACUCUUUCCCUUCUUUCUCGUACUCUUUGUUGUUCAAUUCUCUAUCGAAUGUCGCGAUUCCAUUUCGAUUACAGUUCAUGUAACUUCAGAUGUAACAUUAGAUGCACUCGAAUUUUCGUGUAUGCGUAUUAAAAGAUUUACUGGCCGUUGAAAUAAUUUCUUUGUAUUAUACCGUGACUGACUCCCAAGUUUAAGCUUUCUUGAUGUUUCAAUAUGUAUGUGGCUAAAUGAUUGAAUUAAAUGUUAAUGACAAAACGGGCAUAUUCGAUACCAGGAACUGUUAAAUAUCAUAAUAUAUGUAUGUGUAUAUUGCAUAUGCGUCGUGAUAUACACAAUAUAUGUAUUUAUCAUAAAAUAUAUAUCUAAAUUUAUAUUGUAAAUACAUAUGUUAUGAUAUACAAAUAAAGCCACUUAUUUUGUAUCUGACGUGUCGUUAUUGGCUAGUAUUUAUAGUCUAAUCUUAUAUCAAGAUCAUUUCAAAUUAUGUCUUAAGAUGCUAAUAUGAUUUUGUGAUUGACAUCUUAAAACGGGACUUAAGACGAUUUUAAGUAUAAAACUCGACUAUGAAUACUGGUCAUUGUGUCUCUUUUAUACUCUUUGGUUCAGAAUACUGAAAAAAUGCAACAUUUCGGCAAAAUUUCAGUUUUACAAUUUGUUACUUAGGAGUAUGAAAUUGUAAAACUGCAAUAACAUGUGCUGGACCAAAAGCAAGAUAAGAGAUGCAUAAAUACGAACAGUACUAUUUUUCACAUAUAUACGAUGCAAUAUAAACAUAUGAAAAUGAAAAAAAGAGAUCUUAAACAUCGAUAUGUUCAUACUUCUUGUCGUUAUUUUUGACUAUGAUUACUUAUUUUUUAUCAUUCUGAUUCAAUCCGGAGUUUUACUUCUGCUGAAUUGAUCGAGCAAAGGCAAGGAGUAAAGUGUUGAAUUAUCGAACGAUUUUUAUUUUUAGUACUUGUUAGUUUCAAUCAAUAUAGGAUAAUAUCUGUGUGUAUCGUGAGAUCUUUAUUGUAAUUAUAUAUUUGUUUUAUAAUUAAUGCAACUUUUGUUUUUCCGAAGGGAAAAAAAGGUUAAAGGGAAUAUUUAUUUGUGUUAAAAAACGAGAUGAGAGAUAUUGAAAUAAAUGCAAUAUAAAUUUGAAAGAAUUAUAUAUAAUACAUAUGAGUACAUAAAACACUAGAUAAAUUAAUGUCGAUUCUACAGAGUGUUUAUAAAGUCUAUUCUCACUUCCUAUAUUUUGGAAAAAUGAUUCAAAA